CAUAAAAUCCCCUCAUUCUCCCUCACUUCCUUCUUCACUAUCUUCCCAUUACUUCUCUCUCUUACUUCUUUCUCUCUCCUCGCCGUCCGCCAUGGAUCCCUACAAGUACCGGCCAUCCAGCGCGUACAACACACCGUUCUGCACGACAAACUCCGGCGCACCAAUAUGGAACAACACAGCCGUGAUGUCCGUCGGCGAAAGAGGCCCCAUCCUUCUAGAAGACUACCAACUCAUCGAAAAAAUCGCCACAUUCACUCGCGAAAGAAUCCCGGAGCGUGUAGUUCACGCGCGAGGAGCCAGUGCCAAGGGCUUCUUCGAAGUAACCCACGACGUCUCCGACUUAUCCUGCGCCGACUUCCUCCGUGCACCGGGCGUCCAAACCCCCGUUAUCGUCCGUUUCUCCACCGUCAUCCACGAACGUGGCAGCCCCGAAACCCUCCGCGAUCCACGUGGCUUCGCCGUCAAAUUCUACACGCGCGAAGGCAACUUCGAUCUAGUUGGCAAUAACUUCCCUGUCUUUUUCGUACGCGACGCGAUGCAAUUCCCUGACGUCAUCCGCGCGUUUAAACCAAAUCCCAAAUCCCAUCUCCAAGAAUCUUGGAGAUUCCUAGAUUUUUGCUCUUACCACCCUGAAAGCUUGCUCUCCUUCGCUUGGUUCUAUGAUGACGUGGGCAUCCCUAUUAACUACCGCCACAUGGAGGGCUUCGGCGUGCAAGCCUAUUCUUUAAUCAACAAAGCCGGUAAAGCCCGGCUCGUUAAAUUCCAUUGGAAACCCACUUGUGGGGUUAAGAGCAUGCUUGAGGAGGAAGCCAUUAGAGUCGGCGGCUCCAAUCAUAGCCACGCCACUCAAGAUCUCUAUGAGUCCAUUGCCGCCGGGAACUUCCCGGAGUGGCGGCUUUACAUUCAAACCAUUGAUUAUGAAGACCAAAACAAUUAUGAUUUUGAGCCGCUCGACACGACCAUUGCUUGGCCGGAGGAUGUCGUGCCGUUGCGACCGGUGGGACGGUUGGUUUUGAAUAAGAAUAUUGAUAAUUUCUUUGCUGAGAAUGAGAUGUUGGCGUUCUCUAUGUCGUUGGUGCCGGGGAUUCAUUACUCCGAUGAUAAGAUGUUGCAAGCUAGGAGCUUUGCUUAUGCUGAUACUCAAAGGCAUCGGCUUGGCCCUAAUUAUCUUCAGCUGCCGGUUAAUGCUCCUAAGUGUCCUCACCAUAAUAAUCAUCAUGAAGGGUUUAUGAACUUUAUGCAUAGAGAUGAGGAGGUGAAUUACUUCCCUUCCAGAUACGAUGCUUGUCGCCAUGCUGAGAAGUACCCGAUGCCGCCCAAUGUGUUGAGCGGAAAAAGAGAAAGGUGUGUGAUUCCAAAGGAGAAUCAUAACUUCAAGCAAGCUGGAGACAGAUACCGAUCAUGGGCACCAGACAGGCAAGAACGGUUCGUGAAUCGGUUCGUAGAAGCGUUAUCGGACCCGAAAGUGACUCAUGAGGUUCGCAACAUAUGGAUCUCGUAUUGGACUCAAGCAGACAGGUCUCUGGGACAAAAGAUAGCGUCUCGUAUGAAUGCGAGACCAAACAUGUAACAAACCCGACAUUAUUACGCCGUGAAGCUUCGGAAUGUUUAAGGUUAAUAUGUAAGAAGAUCGUGUUCAACUAUGCAUAUGUAAGACUAAAGCUGUUGUAAUUUGGGUCCCUGUCGUUCAACUUUGUUGCUGUUUCUUUGUAUGGCGGCUGACAAAUGGGUGUGUUUUUAUGCUUUGAAUCCCUCCCAUUGGUCGCCUUUGUUGCUUCCUAUGAAUAAAAAUGGCUUCUUUUUCUUCUCU